CAUGCCGCGACCAUCUGUUGGCGCCCACACCAACAAUCAACGCUCGACUGUGAUGUUGCCGCUGCCAGGAUCCAAGGCCGAGCUGCAGGCCGCACUCAAUCGCGUGCCUGUCCUCACGCUUGGCGCCAGCACGCGCGUCGUCUUUGUGCGCAAUCUCGCCGAGCUACAGACAUGCCACGAGCAGCUGCGAACGGCCAUGCUCGUGGGCUUGGAUUCGGAGACGCGCCCGGUCUUUCAGAAGGGCGCACCUCGCCAGCCCGUAUCGCUGUUGCAGAUCGCCAUGCGCGAUGCAGCGUCGGCAGCGGAGACGGUGUUUAUUCUCGACUUGCUCGCACUCCCCAAGGCGAACGUGACGUUGGUCCUCGCCGAGCUCCUUGCGUCCACGACAUGCACCAAGAUUGGCCAAGGCUUCGAGACCGAUCUCAAGGACUUUGACGACGCGCUCGUGGUGCACCGCUACAUCGAAGCGACCGACCUCGCACGGCUCACGCUCGGACACACGGCACUCAUUAGCUUGCAAAAGCUCACGUACAUGGCCCUCGGGCGGCGUCUCACCAAAUCCCAGCAAAAGUCCAACUGGAACCUCCGCCCGCUCAAGCCCGCGCAGCUCACGUACGCGGCGCUCGAUGCGGCCGUCUUACUGCACAUCUAUGACGCGAUGCUCGCCGAGACGUCGAGUGAGGCCGUGGCGUCCGUCGUGCAAACGCUCGACCGCUCGGUGCAGUUUGUCUGCGACAAAUGCGGCGCAACGCGGCCGACGCUCGAGAGCCUACGCCAGCACACACCCACGUGCAAGGCGGUGACCGCCAAGACGCUUCCGUGCGGGAGCUGCCAACGCCGGUUCCGGACCCAAGACGCGGUCGCGGCGCACAUCAAGACCGCGCACGGCCCGAACGCGCCGCCGCUCAAGCCCAAGCCCAAGCGCAACAAGAGCCGGACGUGCCGCGCGUGCCAGCACGUCUUCAAGACGAUUCCGGCGCGCGAGAAGCACGAAGCCACCGUGCACAAGAUCAAGAUACCGCUGCGAACCGAGACUACAACGAGCGCGCAUACGACAGCGAGCGCCGACGAGGCGAUGACCGUUGACGUUGAUUCGCUCUAAGUACCCCGGUCGCUACGUUGACACACUGUAUUACACAACAACAAGAACGGAAUAAGAUCUGGGAUAAGAUGGAUAUACCCUUUUCAUUACAAC